CACUUCACUGAAACCAAACCCACCCAUUAUCAAUCAUGUCUGAGUAUCACUGUGCUCACUUUCACGAAGCCACUUUUACCGACCAAAACGGUAAACUUAAAACCACAAAGAUACCUGUGGUUCAAGAAGUAGCACGUAUCAACCACUUCCCCAACCGCUUCAUAGCCUCCUCAUCACCACCCCCUGCUACCACCACCGACACGCCGCCUGUGAUCGACAUAUCAAAACUACAAACCCAUGACGACGGGGAGCUGCAGAGGCUUGCGGAGGCUGCUAAAGAAUGGGGUGUGUUUCUCAUCAAGAAUCAUGGUAUAGUGUUGGAGGAUGCUAAGGAUGUUGUAAAAGGUUUCUUUGGGUUGAGUUACGAGGAGAAAAAGGCCAACGUUGGAUCGUAUAAUAAGAGUGUGGAUAACAUGGGAUACGGCAAGAACUUUGUCAAGUCUGAAGAUCAACCCUUGGAUUGGAUUGAUCGCCUGACCAUGAAAGCAGCUCCUCCUGUUGUUGAUCAAUCAACUAAUGGCCUCUCUGUUUGGCCUAAAAAACCACCACAUUUUAGGCAAGCUAUAGAAAAAUAUGUGGAAGAAUCAAGAAAAGUACUUGAUGGUUUACUCCAAGAUCUUGCAGAAUCAUUAUCACUAGAUAAAAAUGCCUUCUUGCAACAUUUUGAGCCCGAACAAAGUGAGAUCAAGGUAAGGGUGAAUUACUAUCCACCAUGUCCAAGACCGGAUUUAGCUAUUGGACUAAUGCCCCACUCAGAUGCCAGUGGGCUUACCCUCUUACUGGAGUUCGGAGCCACAGGAGGCCUACAAGUACACAAGGGCUCGGAUUGGGUCACCCUCAAGUGGCCUAACGAUAACACGCUACUUGUGAAUAUUGGUGAUUUGCUGGAGAUCAUGAGCAAUGGAGUGUUGAAAAGCAUGUGGCAUCAAGUGAGGACACAGCUUGAUGUGGAGCGAUUUUCACUCGCGUAUUUCUAUAACCCGCCUCCCCGGAGUGCAAUUGGACCGAUGGUUAGAGGUGGUUCGUUGGAGGAGAUGAUGUAUAAGAAAGUGGUUGUGGAAGACUAUGUGUCUAACUAUUACAAAAUUAGCCCAACAACUAGCAAGGAGGCCAUAAUGUAUGCAAGGCCAUAAAUGAUUAAUAUAAACAUGUGUUUUUCUGCUUGCAAUUGAAUUAUGCGUGCCAAGAGCUCAAUACCCAAAUUCCUAAUUUAGGUUUGUUAUGAGAUGUGGGAAUACAAUUAAUUUUGGCA